AUGGAUCGGAAAGUCUUUGAAAAGGAUCUUCUGAACCGUGCCGGGGUUAAUCCCAAAGUCCUCUACAGCUACAUAAGACAGGGCACGCGGAAAAAAUAUCCCAUCACACUGCUGCGAACAGCCGAGGGAAUGGAAAUCUCCGAUGACAAGGAUAAGACUGAACACAUUUCUCAGUUCUUCCGGUCCGUCGUGACAAGUGAACCUGAUUUUUUCUCCCUCAUUUGUGAAGACGAAGAAAUACCUACCCUUAAAGCCGUAUUCUUCACCGAAGCAAUUGUUCGAAAUGAGUUACUUAAUUUGAAAGAAUCGACCUCCCCAGGCCCUGAUGCAAUCCCUGCCAAGCUGCUGAAGGAGCCAGCUCCCAAAAUGUCCAAGCCAUUAGCCUUGAUCUUCCAAACGUCAUUUCUUACUCGAUGCCUGCACUCUGAUUGGAAGUCCGAUACCAUCACUCCGCUUUUUAGGAGCGGAAGUCGUGCGUCUGCGAAUAACUACAGGCCAGUGAGUUUUACCUCCAUCUGUUGCAAAAUCAUGGAGAAGAUCAUUAAGAAGGCCUUGAUGCAGUUUCUCGAGCAGCACCACCUCCUCUCGGAUGCACAACACGGCUUUCGUAGUGGUAGGUCCUGCCUCACGAAUCUGCUCUUUACGCUCGAACGUUGGACUAAAGCACGCGAUGAAGGUAGUGUGGUGCACGCCAUCUACAUCGACUUCAAAAAGACCUUCGACAGCGUUCCCAACCAACGUCUCUUGCAAAAACAGCGCAACGCUGGAAUUCGUGGACGCCUUCUUGUAUGGAUCCAGAGCUUUUUGGCUGGACGGUCCCAAAGAGUGAAGGUCGGGAGUCAGCAGUCCCCAGAGGUAAGCGUGGUGAGUGGCGUCCCACAGGGCUCAGUCUUAGGUCCCACGUUAUUCCUCUUUUCCAUAAAUGACUGCGUCAAGGACUUAGACUGUGAUACCAUCCUGUUUGCCGACGACAUUACAUUGUGGAAAGUUAUUCACAAUUCGGCAGACGCAGAGCACCUGCAAGCAAACCUGAACAGGCUCGAAGACUGGUCGAAGCGCUAACUUAUGCCCUUUAAUAUAAGCAAGGACAACUUUCUUCAACUAGGUAGCUUCAGAGCCUCCAGCCCCAGCACUUACUUUCUAGACGGCACACCACUGCAACAGGUUGACAGUCAGAAGGACUUGGAUGUAUGGAUUACAUCUUCACUCAAACCAACACUACACUGCGCGAAGGCGGCUAAAUCGGCUAUGGCUACACUGCAACUCAUAAAGCGAGCAUUUAUGGCAUUUGACCCAGACAGCUUUUCAUAAAUAUUUAGCACCUACGUGAGGCCUCAUCUAGAAUACGCCAUACAGGCGUGGAGACCUUGGACUGUCAAGGACUAUACCGUUUUGGAGAAGGUCCAGAGACGGGCGACCAAAAUGACACAAGGUCUGGGAGCGCUGUCUUACGAAUCCCGACUGUCAAUUCUCAACCUGUUUCCCCUUUCGACAGGCAAUUACGUGGUGACCUUAUACUUGCAUUUCACAUUAUCAACGGCCUAGACUGUCGUUUAGAUCCCACUGAUUAUUUCACACAAGAUAACAAGCCAACUUUGCGCGGUCAUCCCCUAAAACUACGCGCCGGGAAAGAAAUGAUCAAUGGAAGGAGGUUCUUUUUUAGUCACAGAGUGGUUGCAGCGUGGAAUGCCCCGCCCACCGAUGUUGCAACCUUCUCCUGUGUGAAUUCCUUUAAGUUUAGACUUGACGCGCAUCAGGCCUCCCAGUUACCAGCCUUACAUCCACUCACAUAACCGGCACCAACUUAAACUUGUUUAUACUAAUUGUAACUAGUUAGUAAGCUUUAUUGAUUACUCUUGUUUGACUAGCUGACAGCGAUUAUGUACAAAACCCCUUUUUCACCCUCCCACUAUCAAUGUUUUUCUCCGACGACUUGUAACCAAUAGAGAGUUCAAAGGCGCUCGCCUAUAUUUUCCUUAAUAAACUUAAACUAAUUGCAGGAAAUUGGGAAUGCAACGGUGCUCGCUGAUCCAACUACAAGAAAGAUUUCCCUACGUCUUAGCCUCGGCCAUUUGGUGUCCUCAAAAGAAGAAUUGGUUGAAAAUGUGUCUCCAACUAUACAAACCACUUUCAACAAUCCCGACUGAUUGAGCGAACGAGCUAUUCUUUCUGAAAAAAACAUGCACAUGCACUAUCUUAACCAUAUUAUUCAGUCUAAGAUUCAAAGCGAGGCAGUCACAUAUACGUCCGUCGACACUAUUUUGAAGGCAGACGAGGCAGGUUUAUUAUCCAACGGAGAUUUUUGAUUCACCCGAGCCACAGCAACGCGUGGCCACGCCCAGCUAGUAUAUAUAUACAUAUUAUCGAGCAGGCUUUGACAUAGUGGUAGAUCGUUCAAAACCCGCUCUUUCGGAAUAUUUGUCUUUGAGUCAGGGUGCCCUUGAAUAAUGCAACAUUAUUCUAAUGGCGAUCGCAUUCGUAUUUUAUAUUGGUAUAUGAUGCUCUGUUCGUGUGAUGCUCUGAGGAUGUUAGACGGCGAAUGCGGAACGCAUUUUAGUCACAUUUUUGUAGCCCAGUCCCUGUUUUAUUGACUUGGAGGAAGUCGUUGACGCGGAAGGUGGUAAAUAGUGGUCUGCAGAUUCGAUGAUUGACUUAAUACCACUCCUUGUUCUGGGCGCAUCCAAUUCAGCAAUUUUCUUGGCUUUGCUAACUGAUUUGUACUUUCGGUACUACCUUUCAUGGGCGGGGCUGUUAUUGAGAUCCCGGGUUCGAGUGCCGUGGAGAAGUAGCUUAGAAGUGUUUGCUAUUUUCAUUGGCCCUUUUAUCACCGGCCUUCUUCCUUCAUAGGGUUUUCUGGUCUCCCGUUGACCGCUGUCAAAUCGUUUUUUUUCACUAUUUGUUCUAGUUCAACCGUAUCUAACACAGAAGUUAUUUCCGAAGUGCUUUUAAAUGAAGGUAAAACCUACCUAAUAUAUUUUAUGCCGUCAAUAAGCUUUUACACGUUUAGACAAGCGCGGUGCAAAAUUUAAUUCAACAUACAAGAUAAUGCGCAAAUAUAGAGCAAUGUAGGAAAAAGGAAGUUCGCGAGAGGUAUAUCAAAAGAGCACUUAGAAAAGCACAGAAUGAUUUCAGGCAGUCUAUUCGGUAUGAUACCAAAUUCGCAACACUCCGAUUCGCUGCGAAUCGCCUUAAUUUUCAAUAAUAUUUCUUAGAUAAAUGCCAACAUUUUCCGCUGCUCUCCAAGGUGAGGUCAAAACAACAACGGAGAACAUUUUAAGCUCGUUUGCAUAAAAAAAUUAAUGUAUGUUCAAAAUGGUAAAUAAUUUUUGAAAAUUUUGCUUUUGAUUUCAACGAACUGGCAGUUAAUGGGAAACGCCAUGGCUAAAUUUUAUGCGAAUACCGUAGGGUUGGCCAUUUUCCAAAUGUAUUUGCUUGAAGAUAAAACCCACAAAAGGAUUUUCUCGAAGUUUAUAAUAUUUCAAUGUCCCUUGAGUUCUGGAUCAUUUUGUGAGUGUCCGUAUAAUAUUCGUUAGGCAAUGGAUAUUCUGGAUCUGGUCAUCCAAGAGAUUGCCCUUUGGUCGUAGUACUGUUUCGCGCAGACAAUACCACAAAUAAAAUGAUAUUUUUCGGUGAAAUGAAUACUGUUCACGCAUAUCUGGGAUUGCGAUUAUGUAACUGCGUGCCGGUGCUCUUCCCUCUCACAGCCGAUUCCCAUCGCGUAAGUCGCCGCAACUCUCUUCCUCCACUCCACAUUGGCAACUUGUGCGGCCCUUCCCUGCAGUUGGCCAGAACGUUGCGUUCCCUACCGGCCUCUUUGUAGAAAUGUCAGUGCUACCUAUCCAACCGGGCAGGUGCUCCAUCAGUUGUACAUCAUUGACACUGGAAUUACAAAAUAUUACCUUGAAUUAUCAAUCUCCCUGUGUCUGUAUUAUGCAUUUAGGACCAUUGAAUUCUUCCCUAAACUAUUUGACAGGAUGGUCCGAUCUGCAAUCCCCUUGUCGAGCCUGACGUUAUCUAAAAUGUUUACUCCUGGGAUACGCGUUUGUUGGCAUGUAAUCAUUCGUUAGUAAUAGGCCGUGGACACUAGCCCUCGAUGCUCGUCAGGACACCUUCAUGUGUCCUAUUCUGAUCAAUUUUUUGUCGGUUGUAUAGUCGAUGUUAUUCCUCCGUUCUCCUCAGCAUAAGCGGCAAUCGCCAUUAUCAACAAAAGUAAGAUUGAACAGGAUCUGAGCGGAUAGCUUCCCUGCUUGAGGCGUUGAUCGUGCCGAACGCCCCCUAUAUAGACUGGCUGUGUGUGACCUGAUCCAUUGGCAUGAUUGGUCAAAGAACAGCUAUUUAGCAGGAAUGUCAAUGUCACCUCUUCAACCUGACGAGUCAUCGCUCAGUUGUACGCCAUUCACACACACGUUAUGUUCGCAAUCUCCUUCUGCCUGUAUUACGCAUGUAUAUAAUCAUUCGCGAUUAAUAGGGUGUGGACACAAGCCCUGAAUACUCAACAGGAAACCUUCAUGUGGCCCAUUCUGAGCAGUUUUUGUCGGCUGUAUAGCCAAUGUUAUUGUCCUGUUGUUCCUCACUGUCAGUGUCCAUCACCAUUGCCAACGAAUGUGAGACUGAAUAGGGUCUCAGCGAGUAGGAUUGCCUGCGGCCAACGCCCCUAACGACUGGGCCACGGGCCCGUUGUACUGUCGGUUUCGAUCGGGAUUAUACAAUAAAAUAACUUCCUGCCUAUAUCGUGCGCCGCUGUGCGGCUGAUGGUUUGGGAUCGAAAGAGAGAGAGCCCCUAAGGCACGACGGAACGAGUGAGUUCCGUAAGAACGAUCGUAAGCACCCCUCUGCCAUUGUAUAAUGUCGAUCAAAACCGACCCGACAACAGGCCCAUAGUCCAAUGUUUAGGGAAGUUGGUCAAAUGAUUGCUCCAAUGGCAACGUGAUUAAAUGCGUAGUAAAUAACCUUAUAUGUUACUUCACCAUUAUAUAUUUGCCUGCUGGCCACUACACUACACAGCUUAAUCUGUCUGCACUUGUCCACUGCAAUGACUUUAUGCUAAAGUUUGGCUCUUUGCUGACAAUUCUUGGACAUUUAUUCGACGGGAACAUCUCCGAUAUUCCCUCUGAAGAAUGUACGCGUCUCGACACACUUGUUCACCUGAUCGCCAGUGAAUCUAGUGAUAGACAGAAGCGUUCUUACAACUUCCUGCUAAAAAAUGUUCCUCGAUCUGCUCGGCCAAUUGAUGUUGCGACCAAUUUCCUGUAUUCAUGUGGUUUCAAGUAUAAGAUAGCCGAUGCCAAACGCUUGUCCUCCCGUAGUACAAAUCCACCCAUCUUAGUCAAAUUGUUUUCAUCAAUCGAGGUUGACACAAUCUUUACUCAUCGAGAGCGUGUCACUGCGUACCUAUAGAAGGCAAAAUUUUUCCUUUGUCAUGAUCUUACUCCUAUGGAGCGUAGAAUCGGGUCUCUAUUCUCACGUAAACCCAUUGCUUCUCAGUCUAAUGCUCCCCAACUCGGUCAUAAUACAAGUAUCCGUAAGGAUUUAGCUUGUCCUACUCCUGCGACAUCUGACUCCCUCCUUCCUCUUUCUCCUACAUCUCCAUCUCACUCAAGCCACUUGACGCAUUUGCCUGCCCCUAAACUUGCAGCAGUAGCAGCCCCAUUUGUCAUUUCGUAUCCUCCGGAUAGUCCCGCUGAGAAACAUGAAAAUCCGUCUACAUCAGCUAGACCGAUAACUUCUAUUGUCCAACUGGGUGCUGUAAGAUCUACAGCUAAGUCGCCCGUGGCUUGGCGUCAGAACGGUGAGACUGGAAAACUGAAUCAGACUCCGACCCAAAAGAUAGGUAGUACAGUUCCGUUUAGGGGUACGACGCCUUCUCUUAGAUCUAACAAGUCUGUUCAGCCCAGCACGUCUACAAACCCCGCACCUCCAAUUAUAUCCCCGAAUAAUUCUCUGUCCUGCGUAGCGGUUACUUAUCAAAGCCCUACUAUAUAUCCAGCAAAUAAUUCAUACAUGAAUUGCCCUAAAUCAUUUAUGCCCCAACCUAGUUCAGGCUUCCCACCACUUAAGGUCAAUUGCUCUCAGGUACGUCAACCUAUCUCCUUUUACUUCCAACCUAGACCUGAUUUCCCACCUUUUCAUUCUUAUAGCGGCCUACCCUCGCCCACUAGCCCCUACUUUCCUUCUAGGCUCCCUCCUCCUCCCCUUCCUCCACUAUUUAACUACCAACAAGUCUAUCCAUGUUCUAACUCCCCUAGCAUUCCAAUGUUUGAAAACUAUAUCCCCACAUCCUUUAGGUCUCAUACUCAGCCUUCUCUUGCUGACUCCCCGUACGUCAAUAACUCUAGAUUAACUGGUACUUAUUUUCCAAGUGUCAUUAAUUCACAGCUUACAUAUCCACCUCCAAUUUUUUUUAAAUAACGUCGAAAAUAGCAUUGCGUUCGAAACACAUCAGGUAUUAUAUUAUUGAAUGCCAGGUCAAUUAUAAACAAGAUGGCCCAAAUCAGAUCCAUUGUUCUGGAAAUGACGCCUGAUAUUAUAUGUGUAACAGAAUCGUGGACCCAUUCUCUAAUUCCUGACUCUGCCCUUCUCAUAGAUGACUUCGAUUUUUACCGCCAAACCCGCACGACUAGGCAUGGGUGUGGUUGUCUUCUUUAUCUUAAAUCCUACCUAAAGCACUCUCCCUAUUACUUGGAUGUUUCCUCAUUCACGGGAAACUUCUGCUUUGCAUCUGUUAUUCUCUCGCCGCAAAGAAAGGCAAUUAUUGGCUGUAUCUACAAUCCUCCAAAUUCUUUAGCCAGUUAUGAUUCUCAACUCUGUGAAAUCUUUAAAUUAAUUUCGGAAGCUGCUUUCGAUGUUAAAAUAAUCACUGGGGAUUUUAACCUUCCUGAAAUAGACUGGGUUUCCAAUAGCUGCCCACCCAGAUCCCAGCCCUUUCAAGAUAUUGUCAAUUUUUCUAAUUGGUCCCAACUGGUGCGCUCUCCAACAAGAGAUAAUCACAUUUUAGAUAUAAUCUUUACCAAUGAUAUUGCUCCUCUUUCUGUUGCUUUAAAAAAGGACCUCUUUGACAGUGACCACGUAUUAAUUCAUUGUUGCCUACCGCUUGCCUUUUCAAAAAAGACAAGCGCCGUUCAGACUUUCAUGAACUACGACUGCGUAGAUAGCGACUUAAUAAAUAACUAUAUGAGAUCCUUGGAUUGGUGUGGCUUCCUCACUUGUAGCGAUGUAACCAUUCUUCGUGAUGUCAUGUCCAAUGUUUCAAGGACAUUCUAGAGUUUGUGCCGCGUAGAUAUCUCAAGCCUAAUUCUUCAGAUUCCCUUGUUCCUCAUUUUCUUCAGAACAGCCUAAAAUGUUGAGGCGACAACUGCGUGACCAAUCCACUAGUUCCUUAUCUGUUCAUCUUAGAAUCACAGAGAUAUUUGAGAUGGCCUCAAGGAUGCGCCUAGCGCGCGCCAGGCAAAGAGAAUCAAUUGCUCUCAGUGAUUCGAACCCUGGCAAAUCCGUCGCUAACAUCUUCCGUCAUCGGUCCUCCUCUAAGCGUGGUCAUGAACUUCCACCCAUGCUAAAUGAUAACAAAGUCUUCCUCACCGAUGACACUGACAAGGCGGAGUUGUUUAGUGCUUUCUUUGCAAAACACCUUGCUACCGAGUCCGAUCCGGACCCUUUCUUUCGAUCACUUUCAGAUAGGACACUGAGUACAAUUGAUGUCUCCUCAGAUCUCAUUAAGAAACACAUAAGCCGUUUGAAAUGCUCACACUGCUCAGGAACGGACGAGAUUCCGAAUUCGAUUAUUAAACAAGCGUCCGACUUUCCCAUAUUGCUCAGUCAUUUAUUCUCGGUUUAUAUUUCAAAAGGAUUCUUUCCUGAAACAUGGAAAACUUCAAUUAUCAUUCCUGUUUUCAAGUCAGAAUCUCGGCCCGAUGUUAAUAACUAUCGGGGCGUGCACAAAACGCCGUCUCUAGCAAAACUUCUUGAAUGGAUUAUUUUCAAUGAAAUUCUUGACUUCUGUCUAGCUAAUCGGCUUCUGAGCUCUAGUCAGCAUGGAUUUUUACCUGAACGAUCCUGCGAAACAUGCCACUUGGCUUUUCUUAAUCUAAUCACUUCUCUUCGUAAUGAGCGGUGGUCAGUGGUAGUUAUUUACUUUGAUCUUAGCAAAGCCUUUGACAAGGUGCCCCAUAUACGUCUUUUAGUAAAAUUGGAAGCUCUCGGCAUCCGGCCGCCUCUACUCGAUUUCAUCAGGUCCUAUCUGUCCAACUGAUAUCAGAAAGUCAUGGUCGGUAAUAGCUACUCGACACCCCACUCGAUCACGAGUGGCGUACUUCAAGGCACGGUUCUGGGUCCGCUACUCUUUCUUCUGUACAUCAAUGAUAUUUCGACUGAACUCAGGAAUUCGCAAACUUUUACUUAUGCCGAUGACCUCAAGUGUGUUUAGUCAUACUCUAAGGACACCGCAAAUGUUUGUGUUAAAAAAAUUAAUUCCGAUUUACUACGCUUAAGCAGAUGGGGUUCGACAUGGCAGAUAUAGUUUUCAUCAUCCAAGUGUAGUUUCAUGUCUUUUGGUCCUACCAAACUUCCUGGUCCCAUAAUUUUCCAGAAUAACCCACUCUCAGAAUGCCUCACCAUAAGGGACCUAGGUCUAAGUUAUACAAAUAAGCUUGCCUUAUCACCUCCUGCAGAUAGAAUCUCUGCCAAAGCCGCGCAGAUAUGUGGAUUCAUAUCGCAUAAUUUUUACCUUCCGGAAUUGAAGCUAAGACUUUAUCAAAUGGUUGUUCUUUCAGCCCUCGAAUACUGCUGUCCUUUCUUCGGUUUAAUGAACGCCUGCGACCGUAAUAAAAUCGAAAAUGUUCAGAGGGUUUUCACCCGGAAACUGUUCUCUCAAGCUUCUUCCAGUAUUUCUUAUACUCAGAGAUGUCAGCUGGCGAACAUUAAGUUUUUGUGGGUUAGAAGACUCGAAGCUGGCCUUUGCUUCCUUUUUCGCAUCAACUCUAGCUCCAUUCUUCCGCCCAUUGACACUCUCACUCCGAGAGAUCGGUCUUAUGCCACGCGUAACUCCUGCAUGGUGAUUCCGCCGCCUCUUUGUACUACAUCUAAGCGCUCCAUCUUCUUUGCUUCCAAAUAUGCCUUCCUUUGGAAUAAUCUUCCGCCUGAAAUUAGAUUAUCGCCUAAGUAACUGGUAUUCAAGUCGAAAUUACGCAACCAUCUUACACCGGAAAGCAUAAAGGCACUAUUAGCGGUCUCAUUCCCGAACACUCAGAUUCUUGACUUCGAGAAGGGCCGUUCUGGGAUUUAGUGGUAGAUUAAGUGGUAACUCUUAAUUAUAUCAUUAGAAACCCCUUUUUUAAUUUGGUUUCUAAAUCCACUGCUAUCACUCCCCCCCCAUAGCGACAAUUUUCGCGGUUUUUGAUGUCAUCUCCCGCAUUCCGACCUCAUGCGGUCUGUCGACGCUCACGGCGGAACCCUCAGUAUUCACUGUCUACUAGUAGUUCGGUCGUACCUCCCUUCCCCACUGCUCGGCUGAGCUCGAAGCGUGCUGUGGCCGAUCGCAUCUGGGUUCCUCUCGUCUGACCUCUUUGACACGGCUUACCAAUCCGGCCCAGACGAUCUCAAUUGUGAAUCCCGUAUACAAUGCCAUAUGCAAGCCAGUCCUGUCUGACCUACAUUCGUACCCAUCAAGGCUGACAUUUAUUGCUACCCUGACGAUGACCGACAACAUUUCGUUAUAUACCGCCACCUACAAGCCAGUCCUGCUCGCUUUUUUCUGUCAUCAUUUUUAUUGAGGGUUUUUUUUUUCUCCUGUAAAAUUAAUCCAAUCAUUUUUAACUUUUUGUAAGGAGUUUUUUUUCACCCCUCAAUCAUCAUGUUUCUCAAUGGACUUCUAAUUCAGAAACUAUGAAUUGCAUUUUGUAAAGAUUCGGCCUACCUCGUCUAAAACUUGCAUGUUAAUUUAUUUUAACUUGCUUUGAUGGGACUCCGACGGGUCUUUAAGAAAAAAUUAUCUAUCUAUCUACCUUAAAAACACCCGACACACUUAUGAAACAUGCCCUGUGCCUGACCAUGUUCUGUGCGUCACGCGUAGGCUGGCUGUUGCAUCUAAGUCCCUGCUGUUGGGUCCAACACCACCAAUUGAUGAAUUAUCGACUCGUGAAUGGGAGCACGGACGCAUACUGAUGUCGAAGCAUGGGACUGCGACUCUAUGGAAUUCAGCACAUAUUUCUCACUAGAUUCAAGCUCAUGCGCUGUUAAACCAUCACUGGGCACUGAAAGUACUAGUUUGGAGGGUCGCAGGCCGACAAAACAUCUGCAUGCUUGUCGUACUUCAUAAACAUCGCACUGUCAAUUGUUUGAUGACAUCGCAGGCUACGCUACCAAUCGCCCAAACUGUACAAGACAUUCCUGAUGAUUAUGAGCGUAAAAGAGAUUUCGGCAGCCGGAUGCCGCAUUGUUUGGAUGUCACCAUAUGAUUUAUAAGUCCUGCGUACAGUAUAAACUGCCUGUGUAUUGCACCGAGAAUGGGUGAUUCAGGGAGCGACCAGUAAAGGAAUCGAUGCAAAUUUCCUACUCAAUAUUGUAUGAAUGAAGAAUGCGGUCUAGGCUGUGCAUAGAUGAAUUUAUUUUUUCAGACAGUCAGCCCCCCCGCCCAGGGAAUGUUUUACGCUAUAUGUUAAUACAAACUUUUCCACAAAUCGAUAGAUGCGCCAAGAGGCCAUGCCAAUGGAAAUGUACCCUUCUUAUUUACUACUGUCAUUUACGAGCUGACAACUCUCUCACCUUUAGAAACCCCAUGUUAUUUUGCGCAUAUAAACAAGCAUUAUUGACAGAAAAUGUUUGCGAAAGCUUACUUGCAAAUUUCUAAACAACAUCGAAGUCGUGAAGAUGUUGUAGAUUGCCAAAAGUUGCGAUUCAUGCAGUCGUCUGCAAGCCCCCGGAAUCCUUUCUCGACAUCCUAAUAUGAAAGAUACCGUUGCGAUUGAGCGCUGAACGCUUUAUCUUUGGAAUUGCUGUCUGGCCCGUCUGCUUUCAGCGGAGUCCACAGGCAGAAAAAUGUGUGUUCACAACUCUUACAUAAACCUGUUAAGUUUGGCAUUACCUAUUCGUAUUUUGACGUUUGCACAACAGUUUCUACCUAGAAUACGUUCUCCACAUGUUUCUUCGGAAUUAUCCGACGCUCAAAGACUUGUCACGUAGAAAUGAUACUACUUCUAGCCUUACGUUAACAGGUCAGAAAAUACGUUUAUUUUGAAAACCAGCAGCAUACUCUAAGAAGAAUGCUAAGGUCAAUUCGACAAUUUACGCAGAACGGGUUGCUGUACUGUGACGUUAGAUUGAACCCGAUGCGGCAUUUGUAUAUGCCGUGGAUAGAUUUGGCUGCGUGCUCUGAUGCCAAUUGCACUUCGUACGCGCUAGUUGGCGACGGUUUGCGUAAGCGGUGAGACACGCUGCAGUUGUAGGGCUACUCCAUGGGCGUGGAUGCGGCUAGGUGGACUUUGAACAAUUUUAGGCUAAGACGGAUACCCCGUCGGCAGUUAUCAAGUCGGAAGGUGUAACAAGGGCAAAGUUCCCUGGACCUAUUAGCGUUGACAUGGCCACGGUGGUGGCAAGUGUUUAUAAGAAAUGCAUUGACAGUGGCCCGAGAAACACAUCGGGGAACAUGGCAAAAACAUCUACGAGGUCUGGUCCGGAAACUCAGUCCUUAUCGGGGGCCUUAUGAGGUCGUACCGAGCACGAUAAUCAUGUCAUUGCAGUCAGGCUUUUGGUGUUUUGCUUGACACUUAAUGCCUCCGGUCGGGAGGGUAAUUUGCUACCGCACCCAUCUAUGAACAUUAGCAUACCAGAUGAUGAGAAGCCAAACUGCAUCGGCUCCACAUAUAGAAGAAAGCUACUGUAGGUCAAGAAACUCAUGGGACUUAUCAAUCGCAUUCUCAUGUCACAUGAGGCCGGGAUUGUACCCAAGCAAGAGGUAGCCAUCAGGCGAUUAGAAUUAAUUAUCAUUGUAUGGAUUGUCCGUAGCAGUUUGACCGAAAUACUACUUCAGACACAGACGGCGAAAGGACUGAAGACAGAUUUCUAAUUCGUGGCUCUUUCCGUGGAAUCCGACCACACAUUCCAAUCUGGUGGGGCGGAAAUUCCCAUGAGAAUCGACAACGAUGUGAGUCGCGGACAGUUGAGCAGUGGGUCUCUGUUCGACAGUCCCUUAACAAGCGUAUUGGCAUCUGAUCUCUAUAGUCUGCAGUGAUUCUUCGUCUAGGCAGAGUACUUAGCAACGCGUGCAACGCGUGUGCGAGCUGCGUUUCCAGUGUCAGUGUCGAUCAGUCAACUUUCCUGGAACUUGUUAGGCAUUCCGAAGUCCAGGGAUCUAAUUCAUUCGAGCAUAGGCCACAAGGUGGAAGUACCGGAUCUAAAAUUGAACGCGAAGGUGAGAAUAAAUUAAAACUAGUUGAUGACAUGGGGCACUAGUGCGCCAUCCCCACCGCCUACUGACGUCCACUAAUCGGCGUGGCAUAAGCGAGCAUCUUGCCAUAUGCUGAAAGGCGGUGCGAGUAUUCAGGAAAAUAAGUUUGCAUCACUGCUUACUGUAUCAGCCGCUCUCGUUGACAUUAUUAUUACGUGCAAAAUAGCGUCUAAACGAUUUGACCUGUCAAAAUAUUCACAGAUUUGAGCGACAAUAAAUGUUUCAAGAUGUUUAGGAAUUAUCCUAUGAUAAUGCCUGUCCUAGACUUAGUUUGUGGUUCUUUACUUGUUUGGCUGCGCUUCUACAACAAUGAAAAAAUAUGCUCUACCAUGGGCACAUCUCCGUAGGGAAGUGCCAACAUUUCAAGUAUGUGUAAGAAACGACGGGCAGUAAUUUCCUUUUUAGUGUUUCGUAAGAUUCCAAAGGAAAUUACAGCUUUACGGAGGAUUCACGACUCUCUCCCCAUCACUUGAACCAGGCCUAAGCUAAUUUUUCUACUUCGUGGUGACAACGCGGACGCAAGUUAAUGUUUUCACGCAUAGCCAACUGAGUACUGAAUACGAGUCUUAUGCAAGUGGUGCACGUCGUAGAAAAUAACAGUCCUCGUUGCUUUCGGUGAAAUCGACCAAAACCCUGGAGUCCAAAUUAUCUUCUCUUUGCAUUGUCUGACAUUCAUUUCAAACAGUUUGACGCCUGAUAUCACCAGAUAAAAUGUAGAGCUAGAAUACACUGGCUAUUCCGACAAAAAAACUUGCGGCAAGUAUGGCGAAUCCCAUUUUGAAAUAGAGCACCGGGAUUGAUAUCACGAAUCUGAACGAUACAUCAUGUGCCGUAAGCGCCAUUUAACAUCCUUGGGACGUCUGUCGAAGCCAGAAGGUCAUACUUAGAUUUCGGGCACAGUCGCCAUUUGCAUACAAACGAUACCCAUGAGGAUAUGGGGCACGGUAAUGACAAUUUCUGACUGACUGACCACCAUCGGCAGCCAUUACUAAUUUCACUAUUUAACGUAGACUUAUUGCCUGAUAAACAGAUCGAGCGACUACUUGUUACAAAUCAGGUAGUACAAGCGAAUGACCAAUCAUUUAGCUCAAUCGCCUCCUCCUUCGUUACAGGGACCAAUAUUCAAUCAGACAAUCAGAUUCCUGAAAGUCAGCUCCACUGUCUGCGUGCCUGGAAAACCAGUCAAAAGGAAUCUGGAUGCUGUUGUGAUAGUCAAGUCCGCUGUCUACAAUUUUGCAGAUCGUGAUCGACUAUGCAGGUUUUUUGCUAAGGGAAAACGGCGUGAGCCGGAAUUCCGCAUGACUAUGGUCUUCUCAGUGGGAUUGCCUCGAAGCAGCGGAGGUCGGUUCUUCCAACGUGACGGCUUUAACAGCUCACUGCCAGAUCGGGCAGGUGAGGCCAUGGAGGAGAUGCAAACAAAGAGGUCGGAAGUUCUGAGAAAUCUGACAGAAGAAGCCAGAAUCAACGGUGACCUUGUACUGGGUGACUACGAGGACACCUACUAUAACCUCAGCCUCAAAUUAUUCCGCACAUACCAAUGGGCCUCUACCCUCUGUCGGCCGCAUUUCACCUCCCAACAGCGACCUCCUGUUUUUAUCUUCCUUGAUGAUGAUUUUGCUUUCAAUGUAAGGCGUAUGAAGGCCGAAUUGGGGGCCCUGACAGACGCGCAGAUACGACGAGUGAUUUGGGGCUUGCCGCGUAAUCACUCACCAGCAAUUCGGCAUUUGGAUUCAAAGCGCUGCGAAAAGUGGUCCGUCUCAAAACGCGAAAUACCCUGGCCUUACUACCCGCAUUUAGCCCCCGGAUGUUUUGCCGUCAUUGGCGCUGACGUUCUCCGGGAAAUUGCUCUGGCCAUGUAUUUCACCCUGCAGUUUCCAUUAGACGAUGCCUGGUUAGUCAUGGUCAUGACAAAGUUGAUCUUGAAUUUCAAUUUCAUCCGCGCAUGUACAACAAAUGGCCUAGGGGUGUUAGAAAGAAUUCGGUUCUGUUUGCACCCCUAGACUACCUCCUUACUUCAAAAUGACUGCAAGUUACGUUUACUUGUAGAUCCUAGUUUAUCCUAUUUAUAUGAUAUACAUUUGUCUUUAAGCCAACUAUAUGUGUAAAGUGGCAUUUGUGCUAUCAUAUCAGUUCCGGAUUGUAGCAUGCCUGCGAUGGCGCGUAGUCGCUGAGCGGGCUUGAUAGCUAAGGGUAUUCAGCUAUGAACUGUUAGUUUCAAUUUGGUCAGUUUAUCUGUAGAGUAACACGUGAAGUGGUUAUGUAUUCCAGGCAAACCCACUCCUACCCUUGAUCCGUAAUCAGGCUGAACUAGAAAAUCUAAUGAAAACAUCGUUUUGUCUGGCCUCCUGAUGGCCGUAACUGAAAAAGCAAAAGAAUUUGAUGACAUUGACAUGCCAACACCUUAUUUCGUAACAAUAAAUCAAUGGUUGAUGCCCAAUGUCAAUGCUAUUUCCUAACGCCAUGCUUAACAUUAACAAUUAAAUCGAGCGCGAAGGGGAAUGAGUGAAGCUGAAGAGGGUCAAAUUAAGCAUGUCAAAACAGCAUACAGGAGGUUGUCCAGAUGAUGAAAGGUGCCCAUAUUUACGAAUGAUUUCUAAUCACUUGCAAGCCGACUGCAACGCAUAGACAUCAAACUUACAAUAAUAAAUAAUGACUUUAGGAGAAUAAAAAAAGGAACGUAUAAUUGAAGGUAAUUUUAUGUUGUUUAAAAAUGUCAGUUCGUUAGAAUAGUAAAAAAUUCUAAAAACGUAAAAAGGGUUGUAAUUAUGUAAACUGCAGUUUAUAUGUAGAUAAGGUCUGCGCGUUAAAAAGAAUGAUUAAAGCUUAAAAGCCUUAAAAAUUAAAUGUAUCGUGAAGGAAUUUACCGAAGAAUCGAGGUUCAGCAGAUAAUUUUCGUGUGAAUAAGUGUUUAGGCCAAAUAAGAAGACACAUACAAACAUGAAAGAUCAUCGUUGAAUAAAAGCUGCAUUCGCAAUAAACAUCAACAAAAAUAUACUUUUAAUCAAUUACAAAACUUUAAUAAAGGGCCUUUUUAACGAGUGCCUUAACGCUGCGUUUUCUUGACGGAUGCCAGUAUAUUUAACUUUCUAACAUGGUUAAACUGAGAAAAAAUUGACACAUCUGAGCAUUGCUUUUACGUUGUUGAGAGGAUAAAGAUAUUUUGCUGCCGCAAACGCAAGAACAUGUCUUAUCCAUUAUACUGAGGUAAUUUAUGAAACAUUUGCUCGAUUGCGGCCGCGUUUUCCGACUAUGAAUGCAAGGUAGAUUGGCCAUGUAAAUGUUCGGUUUUGAUAAAAUUAUAAAAAGUAUGCGCGUUUCAUUUCUAAAUUAUGCGUGUGCAAAAUGUUGACCCCAUUAGAAGUAAGGAUCCAUAUGUGAAAAUUACAAUUUUCAAAACGACAAGACAACUUCCGCUCACUCAAACAAAUCGUUGCCUGCGUUUACAGUGCAUAUAUAUGGGUUUUUUAUCCGUGAAUUCAAAUAGUGCAGACAUUUACGUGGAUAUAAAUAAAGGUCAGAUUUUUGUCGAAAAAUUCAUCUUCUUCUUGUUGGUAAUGAUGCUGACAAUAAGGUUGCAUCGGCCAAGGUCAGUAUGACUUUCAAACAGUCUUGGUUGUUGUUGCUUACAUCGUCAAAUUCCAGCUGUUCCUAUUAUCUCCAUUUUGCCAUUUCUCACAUUCAUUUAAAAUUGUUUGACGCCUGAAGCACUUCAGCCAGCAAAGACGUGGUUACACAUUCUUGCGCUCUGUGUCCCACCCACGCAUUCUCGAGACCACGACUUAUGGCACCAUGCACUAGACAAAUGCUUCUGGUGCGUUGCAAAAUCUAGGUUUUUGGCAAACAGAUUGAUAACAGUCAAGAAGUACAAUCGAAUGACUAUUUUCAGCUUGAAGGUUGUCGUUGCCACCCGAAGUCGCACCCCAAUCUAUGGAGGGCAAUUCAAAUAGGUCUUGGAGCAUAGUUUCAGCAGCAAUUAAUUCGAUGGAUAAGUCCAAUGGUUAGGGGAUUUAGGGGAGUUGUGCGUUCGCUUAACUAGUGCUUCAUUUGAUGCCAGAACAUGUCUGAUAAGUCGGGUUAAUCAGCGUAUUUGCACAACACAUGUCAGUCUGUCUUAUAUCGAUAAGACCGUUAUAUAAAACAAUGCCUAUUGCACGUCAUGAGAAAGUUUCCUGAUUUCGUUAAGUGAAUUCUGGGCAAUCUGUCUUUGGUUUUAAAUACGUGCAGAUGUAAGGGCUUCAUAAAGGACUCUUUUUUCUUAUGCCAAGGCGUGCCUAUAAAGUCGCGAUUAAUCACUUUUUCACGUUUUCUGAUUAGGAAGGAGAAGUGAACUCGGCAUUUCAUUCUUGCAGCAAUUUCAAACUCUGCAGGUUGCACAUUUUUUUCUAUAUUCGCGUGUACCGUGAGCGUUUCUAAAUCCCUCGACGUAUUAUAUACGCUGCUGCCUAAAUAUGAAAAGCUCCCCAAAUUGAGGAGAAUAGGCACAUAACAUUGUACAGUAUUUUAUACAGAAACAUUCCCAACAAUGAUUAAGGGAGCUGAAAUGUCCUCUUAGGUCUUUGAAUGAUUGAACAACAUGGCCUAUAGGGCUGCUGUCCAACAAUAUGCAAUUUCACAAAAGAAAUUUUCCGUCAGACAGUUGUUGAAUCAGUCUGCACGCUUUAUACCUGGCCGUAUGAGUCUUCACAUAUCAAAAUCGGUCUUCAUGCAAACAGGGAGACUGCCCAAGCAGGACUUUAUUUUUUGAAACUCCUUCAGUUGCUGUAUUAGUCGAAAAGGUAUCGCAAUGGUCUAAAUAGAAUUAAUUUCCUUACGGCGCCCUUCGACCAACAAAUAGCCAUCGCACAGAAUAAGGAAGACGCGAGUUCGUCGACGGUAGUUGAAACACGACGACAGAUUCACGCGCCUGUUGAAAUUUGUGAAAUAAUCUCAUUUUUGUGUCACAAUAGGCGUCCUCAAAGUAGCUUUCUGCGAAUUCGGCUUUGUGUCGGGCGUCGUCAGACAUAUCGUACUGCAUUGCCUUGGGAACUGUCGCGAGGAAUGAGCCAACCAGCGUUGCACAUAGGCAGUCCUACAGAAAAGACCAUGAACAUGUGCAAGGCAUGUUCGCACUCAACCUCUUAAGGGCAGACCUAUCGAUCGCAAUCACGACUUGAAAGGUUGUAGACAGUGGAAUUAGCCAUAGCAAUAGCAUCAAGAAGCCUUUUGGUUUGCUUUUGUGGAACGCGGACAUGCCAGCUUACGCUAAGGCUGUUCUGUUCGAGUAAUUAGAAGACCCUACGAACGGUAGAGGAGGCGAAUUAUCCAAAUACGAUAGACUGCAUCAGAACAAAUGGUGAUAGAAUUAAUAGGUAUAUAUUUGGCUUGUCAGUAAUCAAAUUGCCAUACGUCGGCGCCUGAUUGUUAGGGUUUAGUGGAAAUGCAUUGCAAAUUUAUUUUAAGUAAAUUUAUUUCCUUGAAUAAUCACAUCGCCAUUCAUCAUAUUACAAGCUGCUGACUCAUACCACGCCGAUUAGUGGUCGGCAGUGGGUGGUGGGGAUCGCGCACAAGUGUCAAAUGUGAUCAACUAGGUUUAAUGUAUUCUUUAGAAGAAGACGAAGGCACGAUCACUGGGACAGUAGAUUUAUUCGCCUGAGCUUUCGAACUCGAACUGCAGUUCAUCAUCAGAGACUGCUUGAGUGCAGCAAAGUGUGAACAUUUAUAUCGUUGUUCCGUGCGGGCGGGGGAGACUACGUCCGUGGUUAGGUAAGGUUUGUGCCGCCGGGUCCACGAUGGUCCCCCCGGCGUGGUGACGCCGUUUGUACUUCGCGAGGAUGUGAGCUGUGCCACCUGGCUGCGUAGGCGGAGUGCAUGAUAGCACGCAGGCAAAUCGAUGUGUUUAUUGAUAAAGUUGGGGUCCGACACCCACGCCUCCAAUAGUUGUCGCCCCGUCUUGUUGCCGGCUCGCGUCAAUAGCCGCGUGUUGGUGAAGUCGUGUAUUCUCACCUUCAUCUGUAGUGCUAGAUCCGGUACUUCCUCAUCGUCCCCUAUGUUCAAAUGAAUUAGAUUCCUGGACUUGGAAAUGCCCAACACGUUUCGGGCGAAUUGGCUGAUCGACACUGGCACUGGAAACACUGCUCACACACGCGCUGCCAGCGUUGCUAACUACUCUGCGUAGAAGAAGAAUCAGUGCAGACUAUAGCGAUCAGAUGCCAAUACGCUUCUUAAGGGACUGUGGAGCAGAGACCCACCGCUCAAGCAGUCCGCGACUCACAUCAUUGUCGAUUCUCAUGGGAAUUUCUACCCCACCAGAUUGGAAUGUGUGGUCGGAUUCCUCGGAAAGAGCCACGAAUUAGAAAUCUGUCUUCAGUCAUUUCGUCGUCUGUGUCUGAAGUAGUAUUGCGGUCAAAAUGCUACGGACAAUCUAUACAAUGACAAUUAAUUCUAAGCGCCUGAUGGCUACGUCUGGUUUGGUUAAAAUCCCGGACUUAGAUGACAUGAGAAUGCGAUUGAUAAGUCCCAUGAGUUUCUUGACCUACAGUAGCCUUCUUCUAUAAGUGGAGCCGAUGCAGUUUGACUUCUCAUCAUCUGGUAUGCCAAUGCCGAUAGAUGGGUGCGGUAAACAUUACCGUUUCGACUGGAGACAUUAAGUGUCAAGCAAAGACACCAAAAGUCUGACUUCAGUGACAUGAUUAUCGUGCUCGGUACGACCUCAUAAGGCCCCCGAUAAGGACUGAGUUUCCGGACCAGACCUGGUAAAUGUGUAUGCCAUGCUCCCCGAGUACAUAGCGGGCCACUGUCAAUGCAUUUCUUAUAACCUCUUGCCACCACCGUGGCCAUGUCAACGCUAAUAGGUCCAGGCAAUUUUGACCUUGUUACACCUUCCGACUUGAUAACUGUCGACGGAGUAUCCGUCUUAGCCUAAAAUUGUUCAAAGUCCACCUAGCCGCAUCCACGCCCAUGGAGCGAGUGUCGUCGCUUACGCAAACCGUCGCGGACUAGCGCGUACGAAGUGCGCUAGGCAACAGAUCACGCAGCCCAAUCUACCCAGGCUAUGUAACAACGACGCAUCUGGUUAAAUCUACCGUCACAUUAAAUCAACCCGUCUUGCGUAAAUUGUCCUCGAAUAUGCUGCUGGUUUUCAGAAUAAACGUAUUUUCUGAUCCGACAGCGUAUUGCAAGAGGCAUUAUAACUACUACGUGACAUCAUCACUUCUCCCCUCACCUACAUCACACAACAUCAUCGUCCAUCACAAACAUAUGGUUGGCGCUUGCAAGUGAAGUGGUACGUGUGCGUCUCGGCUCCGUCCCUAUGCGGCUCCCCAGCAGCAUGUGUGAUUCGAUUCUGAGGCUCUCACGGCGCGCCAAAAGCCGUGGCCUGGUGGGCGGCUGACUGACAUCCCAACUCCGUCGACGCAGUUUGUCUACUUGUGUGUGCGUGUGUGCAUGUGUGUUUUUUGUGGAGUGGCGGACUGGUGGUCCGAGAGACAGGCUGAAACGUAUCAUUCCCAACGUGACCUACGGCACUCUCACGCAUGUGAGAUGUGCGCCGCUUAACCCCCGUUGCGUAAAAUCCUGGUGCUUGUGCUUUGGGGCAAGGUCAUGCAUGUGGCGUACGCAGUCAAGGUCAUUUGAUAUGUCGGCCGCCGCGCAUAUUCCCCACACCUGUAAAAUGGCCGGCUCGGACAGCAACUGGUGUUUGGGAAUAGGAAGGUAAAGUAAGGUAGAAGACUCGGCGCAUUUGUCUCACUGUAAACAAUCCUACGCGCUUAGGGCUAUCACGGUGCCCUAAAAGCCGUGCUUGGGAAAGUUGUCAACUGACGGGAUAACUUGGACCUCGCAGCCGGCCAAUUAUUUUGUAUUUGUGAAGAGUGACCGGCGGGUGGUCUAAGAUACAGGCUGCAAUGGCUCCCUCCUAAUAUGGCGUUUAUGACACUCUGACUUAGUGAGAUCUGAGCCAAGUGUGCCAACAUGCCCACGUGCGGCUUCGAUCGUGCCAGCCACCCUUUUGUUCUUGGUAAAAGACCUGAUCAUUUUCUGUGUGGACCAGGGGAUGUGGAGUCGAAGGCCAAGGUGCAGUCUCGACCAGACCAUGCACUUGCACCCUUCCCAUCUCCAGCUUUCUGGACUCUGUCUUGAUAUCGAGCCCAGAUGGUGGUGUUUAAGGAUGAGGGAGUGCGAUAGCUGCAAUGCAAUUCAUUAUCAAUUAAUCCACGCGCAAGUCACCGUGUCUGCUUCACCUUUCUGUGGGGCACACCGUAAACAUCGUCGGCAACGACCGUCGAAUUCAGUCUGUUAUGGUAGCGAAACAUGUUUCAACCCUUCGGUCGUUCAACCCUUCGAAGACACCACAAUUGUGAAAACGGUGCAGCUCACUGAGGCUAUGGUUCUGACGCAGUUGCUGAGACUAAAGAAAUCAAAAUCACCAGGUCCCGAUGCAAUUCCGGCGAAGAUUUUAAAGGAGGUCGCUGGUGAGUUUGCUAAACCACUCUCCAUUCUCUUCCAUGCAUCCUCCGAGACCGCACAUCUGCCACCCGACUGGAAGUCGGCGUGGAUUACGCCGCUGGACAAGGGCCGAAGUCGGGUCUCUGCGAACAAUCACAGACCUGUCUGCCUCAUCCCCAUUUGCUGUAAAAUUAUGGUGAAGAUAACAAAGCAACAACUGAUUCAGUUCCUUGAACGAAAGCCUCUGCUUUCCGAUUCCCAGGAUGGAUUCCGAUCAAUCAGAUCCUGUGUGACAAACUUGCUCUACUGUCUGGGACACUGA